GAAAGACAGACACCUUUAAUCAGCCAUGAAGAAGCUCUACAAGUGCCUGUGGAUCUUACUGGGGUUUUUAUUGAUUGAGGAAAUGGCACGUGGACAAGAAGAGAAUGUAGCACUAUGGGGCAAAACUAGUCAGUCUUCAACUUCCGACGCAGCUUAUCCUGAUUUGGCUCUUGAUGGAUUGUUGAACACCUGGUCCCACACUAACACUGAAACCAACCCAUGGUGGAGAGUGGAUCUACUGAAGGUAUACAGAGUGAACAGAGUGACCAUCACUAAUAGACCGACCUUUGCUGAUAGGAUUAACGGAGCGGUGAUUUGUAUCGGGAACUUUCUUGACAUUUACAGCAACACCAUAUGUGGUGUAAUCUCUACUCUUGGAGCCGGUGCCACGGCCACUGUCUCAUGUGGUGGGAUGGAGGGUCGUUAUAUGGUUGUUCAUAUUCCUGGAGAUCAGCAGAUUCUUAGUAUUGCUGAAGCUGGAGUCUACGGGUAUUUGGCAGGAAAUCGGGCAAUAGGAGGAGCCACUAUACAGUCGUCAACAUCUGCAGACUGGGUUGCUGAAAGGGCCGUUGAUGGUAAUCGAGGUCUCCAGCAGUUGUAUACGGGAUGCUCCUCAACCCUUAAUGAGACAGAGCCGUGGUGGAGGCUGGAUCUGCAGGAUGUCUACCGAGUUAAUAAAGUGGUCGUCACUAAUAGAAAAGACUGCUGUACAGAACAAAUAAACGGAGCAGAGAUUCACAUCGGAAACUCUUUGGAGAACAACGGCAUCAACAAUCACAUAUGUGCUGUUAUUCCUGCUAUUCCAGCAGGUGAGUCCUAUAACUACUCAUGUGAUGGAUUAGAUGGACGUUAUGUGAUUAUUCAUAUCCCUGGAGACUGGAAGAUUCUUGCGCUUUGUGAGGUUGAAGUCUACGGGUAUUUGGCUGGUAAUUCAUUGUUGUAGAGCAUUAAGUCCAAUAUUCUACAUUUAAUAUAUAAUUCAUGUAAUAUCAUGCCAUACUUGAAACGUACUAUAAAGGAACACAAAAUCAUAAUUUUCACAAUUCGGUUUGGUGAGAGUAGUUGAUGCAGUAAUAAUUCACUUCACCUCCAGUCGUUGUUCCUCAGUAAUCUUCCCCUCUGCUGCAAACUUUGUGCAUCAAGACGAGUCGUGACAUUUUUUUCAUACAUUUUUUUUUAGAAAAUCUGGCAGUAGCUGGAGCUGCUAUACAGUCGUCAACAUCUGCGGACUGG